AUGCCGCCCCACACCCACCCCCCUGGGGGCAUCAGCCCGCCCCCACCCAGCACCCCGCACCCAGCCAGACCUGUCUUCCUGUGUGUCCUCUGCCUCCUGGUGCCGCUGCUGCCCGUCGCCUCCCCCUGCCCUCCUCCCUGCCUCUGCUCCCCAGACGGCCUGGUGGUGGACUGUGGGAGCCGAGGGCUCUCCUCACUGCCUCCCCUGCACCUCCUGCCUCAGGGGAGCCGUUCCCUCCUGCUGGCCAACAACAGACUCUCCUUGCUGGGAGCCACUGCCUUCGCUAACCUCUCCUCUCUGGAGGUGCUGGACCUGUCCAACAACUACCUGGAUAAUUUACCAGCUGGUUUAUUCAGAGACAUGUCCAACCUGACGAGACUGACUCUACACAACAACUCGCUAACAGGCAUGGACAGAGACCUCUUCCAGGGCUUGGGAAGCCUCCAGAAUCUGGAUUUGUCCUUGAACGGUCUCUCCACUGUUCCUCUGGGACUGCUGGAUGAGGUGCAGGGCCUCAGGUGGCUGUCUCUGGCAGGCAACAGGCUCCACGGUUUGGAGAGGGCAGCGUUCGAGCCCCUGGCAAACCUACAGCACCUGGAACUGGGACAGAACCCCUGGGAGUGUGACUGCAACCUCCGCGACUUCAAACACUGGAUGGAGUGGCUGCUGUAUAGAGGAGGGAAGGUGGAUGCGGUGGAGUGCACGCUACCCAAGGAUCUGCGUGGGCGGGACAUCCGUGGCGUUCCGGUGGAGAUGUUCAACUACUGUCUCCAACUUGAGGACGAAAACGGGGCCGGAGGAGGUGGGGCCUCCCGCUCUGGAACAGGAGGUGGCCCCGGUUCCCCUCCCUGCAGCCGGAGUGGCCUUGACCCCACGCCCACCUCCGACAACAACAGCGGCAACGAUCAAUCUGAUGCCUCGUCAAGCGCAGGUGGAGGGGAGGAGGCGCCGGGGGACUGCGUACGCGCCCGCUACCGGCCUGUGAGCGUGCGGCGCGCCAUCGGCACAGUGGUGAUAGCCGGCGUGGUGUGUGGCAUUGUGUGCAUCAUGAUGGUUGCCGCUGCAGCGUACGGCUGCAUCUACGCCUCGCUGAUGGCCAAGUACCAGAGAGAGCUGAAAAAGAGGCAGCCACUGAUGGGAGAUGGAGAGGCCGAUGGGGAGGAAAGGGAGGAGAAACAGAUCUCCUCUGUGGCCUAGAGGACAUGACGGGGGGUUGAGAGGUCAGAGGGUGAAGAUUGAAAAGGGGUGAAAAUUAAAAGGGCUCAAAGAGGCAGGAGAUGGGAGAGCUUGUUUUAUGCACACAGGGACAUUAAAGCAGACAUCUUUCUCCAUCACACUUUUUGUCUUCCUUCUCUCUUCCUCUCUUCCUUUUUCCUAUUUGCCUCUCUCUCCAAUAUACACACACUCACAUACACCCAAAGCCUAUCUACUCCUUUAUUCUUGUUGCCAUUUGGACACUGUUCCUACUGCAGCAUUUGUUACCAGCCAUCCCUCCUACUCUCCUACUAACCACCUACUGCUGCUGCCGGCUGCUGCAGAUUCCAACACUACAUUGGCAAGAGUUUUAAAAAAACAGACUUAAUAUGCUUGCUUGAAUAAAAUCCAUGAUUCAAGCUGUUGCAGGAUAUUCAAAGUGGACGGUCAGUAUUGAAUUUCCAGGGACUUGUCAGCUGUCAGUUGGGCCAGUAUCAGUGCUCAACAGAGUCAUUAGUAUUAUGAGGUAGUGAAACCCCAACCCCUUAUUUUGUUAGCACUUUUUUGUCCUCCACUUCUCUAAAGCCAAUAGCUCCCCCGAAAACCAGGUUCCUAGCCCAGGUUUGCCUCACCCUGGCCUGGCCUAACCUUCCUCUGAUGGCCCCUCGGACCUCUGAGC